AUGAAAGAAGCACGACUCCUGAUGAUUCUCAUCACCUUUCAAGUGGUGGCCCUAUCUGCAACCUCCUCCGGGAUCUCCAUGUCAUUGCCAGGGUGCCCUGACAAGUGCGGUGACGUGCCAAUCCCCUACCCCUUUGGCAUCGGCAAUGGCUGUGCCGCGGCUAGCAUCAACAGGUUCUUCACUAUCACCUGUAACAACACCUUCCAUCCUCCACGGCCGAUGAUUAGUGACCCUUCAGCGUCCACGGAGAUCAUUGACAUAUCCCUGGAGCGUGCUGAGAUGCGUGUUUACGGCCCCGUCACCUACAGCUGCUUCUCAUCAAACACCACCGUGAUGGACAACUACACCGGCGGUAUCACCCUGGUUGGUAUGCCGUUCCUCCCCUCAACAGCCCGCAACCGCUUCAUGGUCAUUGGCUGCAACACCAUGGGUAUCAUUGGUGGCUACACACACAGCACCCCGGACCCAUAUGUGGCCGGCUGCUACUCCUACUGUCAGGGCAUCAACAGCACUACCAAUGGUGCCCCAUGCAAUGGGAAGGGCUGCUGCGAAACCACCAUCCCCACUAACCUCAUCGACUUCGGGGCGAUCUUUAUUAUCAACCAGAGCAGUGUGUGGUCAUUCAACCCAUGCUUCUAUGCUAUGCUUGCAGAGGUUGGAUGGUACAGCUUCAGGCAGCAGGACCUUGUCGGGCGUCUUGGGUUCAUCAAGGAGAGAGCCAAGAGAGGUGUACCACUUGUCCUUGACUGGGCCAUCAGAAAUGGCUCCUGCCCAAAGGAUGGAGCGAAGGCGCCAAUCGGAUAUGCAUGUGUCAGUUCAAACAGCUAUUGUGUGGAUGCAAUCAAUGGCCCAGGUUACAUGUGCAACUGUUCUGAAGGAUACGAGGGCAAUCCUUAUCUCCCCACAGGCUGUCAAGACAUAGAUGAGUGCAAGCUGCACAAGCAGAACCCCAAGUAUACAGAAUUAUAUCCAUGCAAAAAUGGGGUAUGUCGCAACAUACCAGGAGGCUACGUGUGCAAAUGCGGGAUAGGAAAAAGAUCAGAUGGUAAAAAUUCUGGAUGUCGACCUGUGCUGAGACAAGUUGAACAGGUGGUGAUAGGUCUCAGUGUUUCCUCAGUUGUGGUAAUAGCAUUGGCGUGCAUGUUGGCUAUGAAAAUUCAAAGAAGAAAGCACAGGAAGGAGAAGGAACUGUACUUUAAACAAAAUGGGGGUCUGAAAUUAUAUGAUGAGAUGAGGUCCAGGCAAGUGGACACCAUUCAUAUACUUACAGAGAAAGAGGUAAAGAGAGCCACAGAAAACUACAGGGAUGAUCGAGUUCUUGGCUGUGGUGGUCAAGGAAUGGUUUAUAGAGGAACUUUAGAUGAUGACAAAGAAGUUGCCAUAAAGAAGUCCAAAGUGAUCAAUGACAACUGCAGAGAAGAUUUCGUAAAUGAGAUAAUAAUAUUGUCGCAAAUCAAUCAUAGGAACAUCGUGAGGUUACUCGGUUGCUGCUUGGAGGUGGAUGUGCCGAUGUUGGUAUAUGAGUUCAUAUCAAACGGUACCCUCUCUGAGUUUCUUCAUCGCAAAGAUCGCAAAUCAGUGAUCCCCUUGGACCUUAGACUGAAGAUUGCCACACAAUCAGCAGAGGCCCUUGCUUACAUCCAUUCAUCAACUUCUCGCACAAUUCUGCAUGGAGAUGUCAAAUCACUCAAUAUACUCUUGGAUGAUGAAUACAAUGCAAAAGUUGCAGACUUUGGAGCAUCAGCGUUGAAGCCCAUAAAUAAAGAUGAUUUUAUCCUGUUUAUCCAAGGAACUCUUGGGUACCUUGACCCUGAGUCUUUUGUGAGUCACCACCUUACAGACAAAAGUGAUGUCUACAGUUUUGGGGUUGUUCUUCUAGAGCUACUAACAAGAAAGAAGGCCUUAUACAUUGAUAAUCUCGGUGAACAGAAAGCGCUAUCUCAUACCUUCAUAGUGAUGUUUCACCAAAAGAAGCUCCGUGAUAUAUUGGACGAUGAUAUAAUAGGAGAUGAAGUUAUGGUGGUGCUCGAGAAACUAGGUGAACUCGCCAUGCAUUGUUUGAACCCAAUAGGAGAUGAGAGGCCCACAAUGAAAGAAGUAGCAGAACGCUUGCAAACAUUGAGGAGAAUCAAGAUGCAGAAAGUCAGCACAGCAAAUCCUAUGAGGAUGCAUUACCCUGAUGGAGAAUCAUCAACGUCUGACGAGACGAAAUACCAGAGCACGGACACAGCCAAUUUGGCCUUAGAUGUAGACUUUGCAAGAUGAUUAUUGUAUACAUCUUUCUUGGCCUGUUGAUGUAACUAGUGAGUAUAGUAGUUUCUUGAGACACAC